AUGGAGACUGCCAUAUCUGCAGUUGCUAGUGAACUCGUGAGCCAGUUCGUCUCCUUACUGAUGAACAAGUACUACUCCUUGAGCCAUGCCCAAUCAGAGGAGAAGGUGAUGCAAAGGUUGCAUCACCUCCUGAUGAGAGCUGGCACCAUCCUUGAGGAGGCAGACACACGAUACAUAACCAACUCCGGGAUGAUGAUGCAUCUCAAGACACUCUCAGAGGCCAUGUACCGAGGACACCAUGUGCUGGACUGCUUGAGGUACCAUGCCCUCCAACACAGUGCAGGCUUCGACAAGGUUAGCAUCAAUGACUCGUCUAGCAGCAGCUUGCAUUUAGCCAUUCCUUUCAAGCGUUCUCGAACAACAUCUGGGAAGGAUGACAAGGAAAUGCGCCUCGAGUCACAUGGUGCCUUGAAAAGCUUAGAAAUUUCUAUUGCUAAUAUGGCAGAGUUUAUUGUUCUUCUGGGUGGAUGCCAGCGCAUAUCCCGUAGGCCCUAUGAUGUUUAUCUUUACACCGACAAUUUCAUGUUUGGCCGACACACUGAAAAGCAAAAGCUCUUGAGCUUCUUGUUGGAGCACAACAACCCUCCUGGUGAUCAUGCACUUUCAGUUCUUCCGAUCAUAGGUGGUGCUGGAGUUGGAAAGAAAACCUUGGUUGCUCAUGUGUGUGGCGACCAAAGGGUUCGGUCACGCUUCUCCUCUAUUUUGCACUUGAAUGGACACAACCUCUUGACCAUAUUUGACCAUGGAAGGACCAUGUUUGGGACGAUGUUGGUAGUGAUUGAGUUUGCUUCUGAUGUAGGUGAGGAUGAAUGGAAAAGGUUUCACUCUUUUCUCAUAAGAAUGAGCACAGGAAGCAAGAUCAUCAUCAUAAGUAAACUUAAAAGGUUAACCCGGUUUGGAUCGGUACAGCCUAUUUUCCUAAAUGUUUUGUCUUAUGACGAGUUGAGGUACCCUACAGAACAUCCACGGCUAGUACAACUAGCAGAUGAAUUUUGCAACAUGUUGCAUAAUGUGCCAGCAGGUACACUUAUUGCAACAAAUAUGCUCACGGAUGUAUUGAGAAUGAACCUCAGUGUUCAAUUUUGGCAUUGCAUACUAGAGAAGGGACUAAGAUAUUUUAAGAGAAACUACUCCACAUGUGGUGGGCGCCUAAGCAUGCUGACGGACCAAGCCCAUUUAGUGGACAUAACGGACUAUGCUUUGCAACCACUUAGCAUGAUAGCUUGUACUCCUAAUGUUUCAAUCAAGAAGGAAUUGCCAAGUCUAACAUUUGGGGAACUUAUAAGAGAUCCUAGUGUUAUCCCGAAACAAGACUUCAUUCUAAUUGCAUGGGAAUCAAGGAUACCGCCUCAUAAUUCAUUUCCUCAUUUGGUUACAAGUCAUGCUCAGGGUACACGUGAAGGUGGUGCCUUAACAGGGAGGAAGCGAAGAGGAGCGCCAAUCUAA